AUGUUCGCGAAGGCCUUCACUAUCGCCACUAUGGCUUCCUUUGCCAGUGCUCAUAUGCUUAUGGCCAACCCCAAGCCUUAUGGCAACCCCAACAACUUUCCCCUGGCCGCAGACGGCUCUGACUUCCCCUGCAAGGGUAAGGUCAAUGAUGGAUCUGGCGAUAACGUCUACAAGCAAGGCAGCACCCAGCAGCUUUCCUUCACUGGCCAAGCUGUCCAUGGUGGUGGCUCGUGCCAAAUUUCUCUCACCACAGACAAGAACCCGACAAAGGAUUCUGUCUGGAAAGUCAUCAAGUCCAUCGAGGGAGGCUGCCCUGCCAAGGGCCAAGAAGGCAACAUGGGUGACAACGCCGAUGCUCCAGACCCUUAUAAAUAUGAUUUCACCAUUCCAAAAGAAUUGGCGGCCGGCGAGUACACUCUUGCUUGGACCUGGUUCAACAAGAUCGGUAACCGCGAGAUGUACAUGAACUGUGCCGCUGUCACCAUUGAGGGCAGUGGCGGCUCCAAGGAUCACCUCAACACUCUUCCGGACAUGUUUGUCGCUAAUGUCGGUAAUCAAUGUGAGACUCCUAGCGCCAAGGACCUCGUGUUUCCCAACCCAGGAAACGACGUCGAUAAGUUCAAUGGAGCUACCGAGGCCUGGGGUGCACCUGAUGGUACUGGUUGCAAGACAGAGGCGGGAUCUGCUCCCACUGGUGGUAAUGGCACUUCUGCGCCCACCGGUGGCAACGACACUCCUGAACCUACGAGUAACUCUGGUUCUGAGCCUACUCAGUCUGCCCAGCCCCAACCUACCCAGCCUGCUGCUUCUCCUAGCUCCGGCUCCGGCUCCGGCUCUGGCGGUGCAUCCGAAAUUCCUGGUGGCGCCUUCAUCACUGUUUCCCAACCAGCAGCUUCCCAGCCCUCUGCUACUGAGGCACCUGCUGCUCCCGAAAACCCAAAGGAAGGUUCUGGGUCAGGCUCCGGCGAGGGCUCCCAGGAUGGCGACUCGGGCUCUGGCAGCGGUGGCUUUGCUGCUGGAACUGCUUGCACGAACGAGGGCGAGUGGAACUGCAUUGGUGGAUCGACUUUCCAGCGUUGCGCCAGUGGUGCUUGGACUACCGCUCAACAGCUCUCUUCUGGUGUCACAUGCACACCCGGUCAAGGUGCUGACAUUGCUAUGACCACGAAGCGAGGCAAGAGGGAUAUGCGCCGAGCUAUUCGUGCUCACUCAUAA